AAUCAAACCUAUGCUGCUGGGGGUUAGGUGUGCUAUUUAUAUAUAUGUAUAUGGCAAUACUGGACAAUAACAGGUUGGGUUAGUUUUAUUUUCAUUCUGUCAGUAUGCUUAAUGCUCUUGUUGGGAGAAGACGGGAAUUGUAAGAGCGUAUAAAGCAAAACUGCUGUUGUGAGAAUUUUUGUGUAUUCUUCUUUAAUUGGGUAGCAUGACUUAAUCUAGUAGAAAAUUCUAAAUUACAAGAGCCAUCAUGUUAAUAUACUGCUCUGAUUUGGGGAUUCUUCAUAGAUGAGAAAUCACUUUUGCUAUAUAUGUUUAGGAUGGUGCUGAAGGACUGCUAGUAAUGUACCAGACACUUCCUUAACUUACACCUGCUUGUAUUUCUACUUGAAGAGUACCCAAAUGUUUGGUCAGAAUAUACUUUCUCCUAACCUCUGAUGCUGUUUUCAUUCUUCAUUUAAAUGUUUGCAUUCCAAGUAACUUAAAAUAAAUAAGAUGAUGGCUAGAGUUAGGUGUCAGGAGUUCGUGGAUCCUUUUGUUAUGCUCUGGAUGCAAAUGUUACCCACUUAAAACUGGGAAAACAGCAGUAAGCUCCAAGUGUUUAAUGGUGAGAAAAAUGGGUUUUAACAAUUCUCUAAGAAUGUCUUUUCUUUCUUUUUUCCUCUACCAGCUGCUGUUCUCUCACAGGUGAAAGUCAUGAUCACGCUAACAGAACUCAAAUACUUAGCAGAUGCCCAGUCAUCCUACCACAUACUAAAACCAUGGUGGGAUGUCUUCUGGUAUUACCUCACCAUGAUAAUGCUGCUAGUUGCCGUGCUCGCUGGGGCUCUCCAGCUUACUCAAACCAGAGUAUUGUGUUGUCUUCCUUGCAAGCUAGAAUUUGACAAUCACUGUGCCGUGCCUUGGGAUUUAGUUAAAGCCAACCUUAACAUGUCAGCUAGCUCUACAGCACAGAUAAUCAUCCCGCUUAAAAUCCAGAACGAUCUCCAUCGGCAGCAGUAUUCCUAUAUUGAUGCAGUAUGUUAUGAGAGAGAGCUUCACUGGUUUGCCAAAUUUUUUCCAUACCUAGUGCUUCUGCAUACCUUUAUUUUUGCGGCUUGCAGUAAUUUCUGGCUUUACUACCCUAGUACAAGUUCCAGGCUUGAGCACUUUGUAGCCAUUCUUCAGAAGUGUUUUGAUUCUCCAUGGACAACGCGUGCCCUCUCAGAAACAGUUGCCGAGCAGUCUGUGAGGAAGUUGCCAAUAGCCAAAUCAAAAGCAGCGAUUUCACCACCUGGGAGUUCAGUAGAUAUAGGGGCCAGCAGACAGUCCCUGCCAUAUUCCCAGCCUGGCUUGGAAACAACUGGAAGAGAAAAUUCCUCAAGUGUUCUUGACAAAAAAGAAGGGGAACAAGCUAAAGCUAUAUUUGAAAAAGUGAAGAAAUUCAGAGUACAUGUUGAAGAGAAGGAUGUCAUAUAUACAGUGUAUAUGAAACAGAUUAUAGUGAAAGUCAUUGUAUUUGUAAUAAUAGUAAUUUAUGUCCCCUACUAUUUAUCAUUUAUCACACUUGAAAUUGAUUGUGUAGUCAAUGUUCAAGCCUUCACAGGCUACAAAAGGUACCAGUGUGUUUAUUCACUAGCAGAGAUUUUUAAAGUUUUGGCUUCAUUUUAUGUUGUUUUAGUGAUCUUCUAUGGCUUAACUUGUACUUACAGUUUGUGGUGGAUGUUAAGAAGUUCACUUAAGCAAUACUCUUUUGAAAAGCUGAGAGAGAAAAGUAAUUACAGUGAUAUACCUGAUGUAAAGAAUGACUUUGCAUUUAUUCUCCACUUGGCAGAUCAGUAUGAUCCUCUUUAUUCCCAACGAUUCUCAAUAUUCCUGUCUGAUUUGAGUGAAAACAAACUGAAACAGAUCAAUCUUAACAAUGAAUGGUCAGUGGAAAAACUCAAAAAUAAACUAGUAAGAAAUUCCCAAGACAAGAUUGAACUCCACCUUUUCAUGUUAAAUGGUCUUCCAGACAGUGUCUUUGAACUGACAGAAAUUGAAGUCCUAAGCCUGGAACUUAUUCCUGAAGCCAAACUUCCUUCGGCUGUGACCCAGCUAGUCAAUCUGAAAGAACUCAAUGUCUAUCACUCAUCAGUAACUAUGGAUUAUCCAGCAGUCAGUUUUUUAGAAGAGAAUCUGAAAACAUUGCGCCUGAAAUCUAGCGAGAUGGGAAGAAUUCCAUUUUGGGUCUUUCAUCUAAAAAACCUCCAAGAAUUGUGCUUAACAGGAUAUUUCAUGCUCGAUCAUCACAACUCCAUAUAUAACGAAAGCUUUCAGGGCCUAAAAAAUCUGAGAUCCAUUCACUUAAAAAACAACCUUUCCCGUAUACCUCAAGUGGUUACAGAUCUUCUGCCUUCUUUACAACACUUGUCUAUCAACAACGAGGGGAACAAACUGAUAGUGCUAAAUAACCUGAAGAAGCUGGUCAACCUGAGAACCUUAGAAUUAAUCUGCUGUGACUUAGAGCGCAUUCCUCAUUCCAUUUUUACCCUCAACAAUUUGCAUGAAAUUGACUUAAAAGAAAAUAAUCUCAGAACAGUGGAAGAAAUAAUUAGUUUUCAACAUCUUAAGAACCUUUCUUGCUUGAAGUUGUGGCACAACAGUAUUUCCUAUGUCCCGGUGCAGAUUGGUGCAUUAUCAAACCUGGAACAAUUGUAUCUAAAUUAUAAUAAUAUUAAAAAUGUUCCAUUGCAGCUUUUUCUUUGUAAAAAAUUACACUAUUUGGAUCUUAGCUAUAAUAAGCUAACCUCCAUCCCUGAAGAAAUUGGUUAUCUGACCAAUCUGCAGUACUUGGCUUUGACAAAAAACCAUAUUGAAAUGCUUCCUGAUGGAUUAUUUCAGUGCAAAAAGCUGCAGUUUCUUCUUCUGGGAAAUAACAGUCUGAUGAAUUUGUCCCCUUGUGUGGGUCAGCUACUGAAUCUUGUUCAAUUAGAGCUCAUUGGAAACUAUCUUGAGUCACUUCCUGCUGAACUGGAAGAAUGUCAGUUCUUAAAGAGGAAUAGCCUCAUUGUAGAGGAGCGGUUGUUAAAAACACUUCCACCCCGUGUAAGAGAGCGUUUGCAGGCCUCUUCAGAUAAGUGCUGAAUUUAAACUGGAACUCUGCAUCAUUGCAGUCUAUAAGCCUGUGUGUCUAAAGGGCUGUAUAGGUGAAGUGGGAGAGAACAGUUUACAAAUGAGUCUUAAACUUAAAUUCAUUUAACUGAGUUGAUUGUAUUGGAAAAGACAAAUGUACUUAGAUUCAGACAAAAAAUGCAGCCUUUAAAAGGUGAUCAUAUGUUUGAAAAACCUGAAAUAUGAAUUGUCGGUUAGUUUUUACUGGUUGAAAUAAUUAAAUGUUUAUGAUCAUAUUGAAAUGGAAGAGUUGAUUACCUGGCUAUAGUGAGGGUGUAUAUACUUUUUUCAUAUGGGAAUUCUUUUCUGUUGAUAGUGAUACUUUUAAAGAGCUUAAUCUCCUGCCACAUGAGGUCUAAGAACUGUCUGGAAUUAGUUUCUGAAUGUGAACUCUUCACUAACUUAGAAUAUGUUAAAUUAAGAGUUUAAACUAUUUGAGCAGUUCAAUUGCAUGGGUUAUACUGAAAGUAAUUUUUCAACAUACCUUAAUUUUAAAAGCUUUUGGCAAGUACUGAGCAUUAAUUCUAUAAUUGUGGAAGUUGCCGUUUGAAUCGUGCUAUUAAAACCAGUUGGACAAAACCACCUGAAACCAGUUUCAGUAUUUUGUCUUAAAAAUAAUGAAUACAAAUUGAAUUGUUGCCUAGAAAUUGGAAGAAUCAGAAGAAACUGGAAUAACUGUGGUGCACAUGUAUGAGACAGCAAAUCUUACAGCACUGAUCUUCAUAGGUAAUAAUGGCAAAUAGAACACAAUCUAGUUGCAGAGUUGUCUUCUGUAUGUUGUGAGCAUUGCAGGUGUUAGUGUAGUGUAUGUUGCUGUUUAACAUGUUUUAUAACUUCUCUUUACUGACUGCCUCAGUCCUGCUUCUCUGUACCCAGUUACUCUAUUCUGGUGUCUGGGGAGAGGAUGAAGAAAGUCGAUAUUAGUGACAGAAAGACACAGUUAAACCCAACAGUCAUGCAGCUUAUACUUGGGAGGGGAAACAGGAAGCAUUAUAAGCUUUGCCUCUUCUAGGGGUGUAGUUCCAUAGAUCAUAGUGGUGGAAUGAGCUCUUAUGCCAUCCUUAACACUUGCAAAACUGGAUGGAAAUAAAAUGGUUCCUGACUUCAUUCUUUCGCUGUGCGCUCUUUUAUUGUAUUGAAGUCUUAACUCUCAUGAUGUUUAAUCAUGUUCACUAAAAAUAUAGGUGGUGUUCCUGGGGGGGAAAAAAGAAAGCAUGCUUUCCAAAAACAUAUUUGACUACUUUUUGUAUUGAAGUUUCCAAAACCAAUCUCAAUAAUGGGUUAAAUAGAUGAGGUAAACUAUGUUCUUAAUGCCUGUGUUCAUCAAGCGUGCAUUCCAGUUUGUAAUAUCAAAUCACAGAUAAACCAGUUUUAGUACUAAGACUAUGUUUAGUCAUCUCUUACUCCCAUUCCAGUGCCACUCUUGUGGAGAGUUAGGUUUACUUGGAAUGAAAAUGCCAAAACCAAGUCUGCUCAACAUGGAAGUAGGAGAUGUCUCUGCAGUAGCAGUGCAAGACAUGCAUAUUUGUUUACUGUACUGAUGGCAUUCCAAAGACCUUUGCAGUUUGAGCACUUCUCAGGGAACCAAAAUGUGGUAAACCUACUACUUUUUAGGUAGUUCUAGAAAUGUUUUGUGUAAGCUGAUAAGUUGCGUUUAUGUGCAGACUUGUGUUGCUGGAACAGUCUUUCAUAGCGUCCAUAUGUAGCUCUUCCCAACUUUUUCAACUAAUCUUGAGUUGUUUAAUAGUUCCAUAGGAAUUGACAUGGUUCACGAACAGAGCUAGUUGUGAUAGAUGUGAUGAAACCAGAGUACGUUGGUGUGCACCCCUGUGGCAAAAGUGUUGUUAAUAAUUGUAGUAGGCCUGUCAGGACUUUGUAACUGAACAUUGAAGAAUGCUUUGUGCCAGAACUUGACACGCAAGACUUGCAGUCUAGUGGCUUUUAAAAGAUUAAGCAAGCAUUUUCUUUAAAGCUUUUUCUUCUAAAUUGGGAAGCUGCAUUGAACAAGCUAAAGAAGCAAGCAACUGGCUUGGCCAAAUCCUUCCACUUCUUAGCAGUGCACCAGUCCUUUUCCAUAACCAACAAAACUGAUGGAGGUGAAAAAUAAUCUUAGAUGUGCAUUUUGAACUAGUUCCGUCAGUGAAAUAACAGACAUAACUGGGAGAAAGGUACUUCAUUUCUAAAUCCUGUAACCCCAAAGGAGUUGAGGAAACAUUAAGAAAUACGUAAGAAUGUAAAUACUGUUUUAUACUUCUUUUUUUGCAGACUUUAAUAUUUUUCUCACUCUGCAUCCACUCAAGGGCUGGAUUUUUUCCCCUGCAUGUUUGAGUGUUCAUAAAACACCCAGACAAACCCCAGAAAGGGUAAAGACUAAAACCUCUAGCCUUGCUUUCAAACCAUAGUGUGCCUUUAUUAUCUGUUUUGUACCAUGAAGCCCAAUCCUAGUGCUUAGAAUUGAAGGUAGAGACAAAUAUAACAGAACUUCCUGAUUUCACUUCAGCCAUGACCUUAAUAUUCAAUAGUUCUUCAAAAUAAGGGGGUUUUCAGAGAAUCAACACGUGAAUCCUCUGUCAUAAGCUUUGUACAAUAAGUAUUGUCGGCAUCUAGUCUUUGUAUUAAACAAUUGCUUCCAAUCAACAAAAGGCUUUCCAACUUGUGUGUGUUGUAAGAACUUUGUAUUGUGACCUUCCGUAUCGUGAACAUUUCUUUUGAAUAAUUAAAUUUUUUUGCCAUUACAA